AUGGUGAAACAGAAGGGCGAGCGGGUGUGGACGGCGCCGAUUGUGGCGACUGUGGAGCAUCUUGGGGAGCUUUUGGAGGAUAGCGGGUUGGAUUUUGUGGUGGGGUAUAAGGAUGCGAAGAACCCGGCGGCGGAGGCGCAGAUCGCGAAGGAGACUGCCCAACGACAGCCAUCACCCUCAUCGGCCACGAUCCCCGCAGCAGGCGGCGACACCACCGCCGCCCAAAUAAAGAAAUACGAAUCCUUCGUCAACGACCGGCUUCGCGUCGACUUACAAAACACCCUAGACGCUCGAGAUAAAGUAUACGAGACCAUUUCCGAGUAUCUGAAACUCCGCAACCAAAUAGAACUCCUCCAAACCCAAAACCUCACCUCACUCAAAACAAUGAUGGACGUCGGAUGCGAGUUCUUCAUGCAGGCCACCAUACCGCGCUUGGAUCAGAUUACGGUGAAAAUAGGACUAGACGUCCACGUCGUCCUAACACUCCCCGAAGGACUCAUGUUUAUCGCAAGGAAGGAACAGGCGUUGGUGAAGGUUGCGGACAGAUAUACGAGCAGGGCGGCGGAUUUGAAGGCGCAGAUUAAGAUGGUGUUGGGGGCGAUUGAGGCGCUUUUGGAGGUUGGGUAAGGGGGGACGGGGAGGGGGUUGGAGCGGGG